AUGCCCCCCAAGAAGGCCGUCGUUCAAGAAAAGGUCCUACUGGGCCGUCCAGGAAACAACCUGAAGAGUGGUAUCGUUGGUCUCGCCAACGUCGGCAAGUCCACGCUCUUCCAGGCCAUUACCAAGUCGUCCCUUGGUAACCCUGCCAACUUCCCCUAUGCUACCAUUGACCCCGAAGAGGCGCGUGUCAUUGUCCCCGAUGACCGCUUCGACUGGCUUUGCGAGCACUACAAGCCCAAGUCUCAGGUUCCCGCCAACUUGACCGUCUAUGAUAUCGCCGGUCUGACCCGUGGUGCCUCCACCGGUGCCGGUCUCGGUAACGCUUUCUUGUCGCACAUCCGUGCCGUCGAUGCUAUCUUCCAGGUCGUUCGUUGCUUCGAUGAUGCUGAGAUUAUCCACGUCGAGGGUGACGUCGACCCCAUCCGUGAUCUGACCAUCAUCAGCGAGGAGCUGCGUAUCAAGGAUAUCGAGUUCGUCGAGAAGGCUCUCGAGAACCUUCAGAAGCAGACCAAGCGUGGUGGUCAGACUCUGGAGAUGAAGAAGCUGCGUGAGGAAGAGGCCACUGUUGCCAAGGUGCUCGAGUGGCUCAAGGACGGCAAGGACGUCCGCAAGAACGAAUGGGCUCCCAAGGAGGUUGAAACCAUCAACCCCCUGAUGUUGCUCACUGCCAAGCCGGUUGUCUACCUGGUCAACCUGAGUGAGAAGGACUACAUCCGCCAGAAGAACAAGUACCUGCCCAAGGUGUUCGAGUGGAUCAAGACCAACUCUCCGGGUGACUCGCUGAUCCCCAUCUCCGUCUCGUUCGAGGAGCGCCUGACCCGCUUCGAGAGCGACGAGGCUGCCCUGGAGGAGUGCAAGAGCCUGAACACCAAGUCGGCCCUGCCCAAGGUGAUCACCACCAUGCGUCAGGUGCUGAACCUGGCCAGUUUCUUCACCACCGGUACCGACGAGGUGCGCCAGUGGACCAUCCGUAAGGGCAUUAAGGCUCCGGCUGCUGCUGGUGUUAUCCACACCGACUUUGAGAAGACCUUUAUCCAGGCCGUUGUGUACAACUACGCGACUCUGCGUGAGUACGGAGACGAAGCUGCCGUCAAGGCCGCUGGUAAGGUGAUGACAAAGGGUAAGGAUUACGUUGUGGAGGAUGGUGAUAUUCUGUUGAUCAAGGCCGGUGCUGCCCGUGGUUAA